AUGGAAAAAGAAAAAUUGAAAGAAAAUGAAAAAGAAAAUAAUGAAAGAUUAGAAAAACAUUCAAAAUUAAUCAUGCCAAUAUUAACACCGGCAUAUCCACAACAGUCAAGUGCUUUUAAUGUUAAUUAUUCAACAAUGAAAAUAAUUAAACAAACAAUUAUUGAAGGUUUAAGAGGAUUAAGACAAAUUCGCAAUUCAAACGAAGCUUCCCACUUAAAUGAAAUUUUGAAACAAUGGAUUAAAGGGGUUAAUUUUGUUGAUAAAUACAAUCAUUUUGUAACAAUUAUUUGUGUUGGAAUUGAUAAAAAUAUUGGAGAAGAUUUUUGUAAUUUUGUAAAAAAUAGAAUUAGAGUUGAAUUAAUUUUGUCAAUGGAAGAAUAUUCAAAAUUAGAAUAUUCACAUAUUUCACCAAAUAAAUCAAAAAAAGAAAAAUGUGAAAAAAGAUUAAUUGCUGGAAAAAAAUUUAAGAAAUUUUGGUAA